AUGUCUGGUGGAGACGUGGCGGCCACGACGUCAGUGGGCAGUGGUGGCACUCAUGAGGGAUACCGCGACCGGGAUCCACCUCCUGCGUUUGAUGGCAAGGAGGACGGGUUCAAAGUGUAUCUCAGAGAGUUAGAACUUUGGAGACAUGAAACGGAUGUCCCUCGAAACAAACAGGGAGCCAAAGUACUCAGACAACUCACUGGGUCGGCAAAGGCAGUGAUCGAUGAAUUGAGCAUAGCUGAAAUCACCAGUGAACAAGGGAUUGACAAAAUAGUGGCAGCCCUGAAAGUUUACUUUCAACCUCACCUUGAGACUGCCAUACCAAGGGCGUUAGAGAAAGCCGUGUAUGCUGAAGGUCGCAAGUCCAAGGAAAGCUUGGGCGAGUACCUCAUCAGGAUGGACGCCGGCUUUCGCGAGUUGGCCUCGGAGGGCAUCAAGUUGGAAGAUCAGGUCAAGGGCUACGUGAUCUUCAGGCAUGCAGCUUUGUCUCAGGUGCAGGAAGAUCAGGUCACUACAUGGACUCAGGGAAAGUUUGACAGAGAGGACAUAGUCAAGGCGAUCAGGAAACUUGAGAAGGUUCAGAAGGAGAAAGGUGGCAGUCGCAACUUUGUCACCGAGGAAGAGAGCUAUGCAGAGUUUGAGGAGCAAGACGAAGAUUCAGAAGACUAUGUCUACGUUGGUGAGCGGGAUCUUGAAGAGAUUCUGGAUGAAGAAGAAGUCCAGGAAGCUCUUGCUUCCUAUCAGCGAGUGCGGAAGGCCAUCAAGGACCAGAGGACGAGCAGGGGAUACUACGAUUCCCGAUCUUCUGGUGACCGUGGAAAAGGAUCUGGCAGUGGCAAGGGCGGCAAGCUGAGCUUCUCCAUGGGCAGUGGUCGCAUCCAGUUCAAGGGAGGUGGCCAGGGCCAUGGUGCAAAGGUGCACAUAGACAUGCUGAAGCUCAGAACCAGAUGUGCGAAGUGCGGUAUCAUUGGCCAUUGGGCCAAAGAAUGCCCCAAUGAGCCUGAUGCCAGAGCGAGACAGCGACAAGAGUCCAUGAGCGGCAAAACAGGCUUCUGCGAGAUGGGUGUCAGUGAGGAGAAGGGUAGAGCAGUGCACUUGUUUGAGAGUUUUGAUUCGAGACAGCCAUUGACUCUAGGGAACUUUUUCCAUCGACAAGUUUUGCGUUCCCCCAACAGUAGUGCUGCCAAUUUUCAUGGUAUCACCGCCAGCUCAGAGCAUGGUGUGGUGGACACAGCAGCACAAGGUGGUCUGAUUGGUAGGUCAUCACUUGAAAGACUUGAAGCUGCACUCAACCGAGUUGGACUCAAAGUUUUGCACACCAACAAAGUUGCUCAUGCUAGGGGAAUUGGGGGCAGCGCUCAAGCAUGCGGGGUGGCAGAGAUUCCCGUUGGGGUUGGGGGCAUCAAUGGUUUGAUCGAAGCAACGGUAGUAGCAGAGGAAGUCCCCUUGCUGCUCUCCAUCAAGUUUUUGAAAGCGAUUGAUGCAGUGGUUGAUUUGUGUCAUGGAGAACUUGGUUUGAACAAAUUUGGAGUCAAAACGCCACUUCAUCAUCUCCGCUCUGGCCAUGUUGCAGUUGAUGUUCUCAAUUUUGAUUCAAAUGGCUGGGGUCUUCCUGAUGAUUCAGCAUGUGCACAUCGAAAGACUGCCGAUUUUCUUUGCGAUCCAACAGCCAUGAUUGCUGAAGUGCACUACAGCAGUGGAGUGCAGGGCGCCCCUCAAUCACAUCACCUUUGUCGUGCGGGCCAUGGCAUGCGCCGUGUCAGUCAGCAGGAGGCUCCUGCGACUGCUGGUGGUGGUUUGGAGAGAAAUCCUCGAAGAGCAUGGAGGAAUUGGAGGGUUGUCCUGCAGAAGAUCUACGAUCUGCUGGUGUUUGUCGAAGCUCAAGCAAGGCUCGAGUCAUGGCAAGAAGGUGGGUCAUUCUUUGGCUCUGCAGUGCCAUGUACGUCACUGGGGCCAGGCUUGGGCCCCUCAUCACAGCACGAGCCUGUCUCCAAGGAGAAGAAGUUCAAGGCGGAGGUGUUCCAGGAGAUGAUUCGCCAUGGAGAAGCAUUGGGCGUGAGGAAGAGCAAAGAAGCACCCGCGGCAACUCCCGACAUGUGUCCUCACCCAGCAAGCAUGUUGCAGGGGUCAGGCAAUCAGAGCCAGCGGGAAGUGUGGUGCAAGCAAUGUCACAUGAGAUGGCUGGUGGAUCCCAAUGCCAUGACGGACCUCAUGAAGGGCAAUCCCACGGUCACUGUGGGAGGAAAGGUUCUCUUCUCUGGCAAGUCCACAGCAGCAACAGCUCCCCUCCCCAAAACAGCACUGAGGAGCCCCACGGCAAGCACCCUGAGGAGCCCCACGGCAAGCACCCUGAGGAGCCCCGCAGCAACUCCCCCACGAAUGCCAGCAAGUACGGCAUCCAGUCUCGGGGUCACCAGCCCCAGGAGCACACUCACCACAGCACCCCGGAUGAUCAAGUGCAAGUGCGAGGUGGAGGCCAAUCGGCUGAGGGUGAAGAAGGAGGGACCCAACCAGGGACGACACUUUUACCGGUGUCACCGGUCUCUGUGCGACUUCUUCCUUUGGGAUCCCGAGGAAACACAGGAGAUGCUAAGGCAGGAGGAGAUGGAGAAGGCAUAUCGACGAGAGGCACAGCUCAAGCAGGAGAUGGAGCACCAAAUCCAGGAGCGCAUGUUGGAGAACGAGCGCUUGCACAGGGAGGCCGAUGCUCAGCGGAUGGAGGAAUGCAGGCUGCAGAUGGAACACUUGCACAGCAACCUGGUGUGGAUGACAGCCGCAGCAGGAGAGGAGAGGAUUCAGGAGCUGAUGAGCAAUCCGGCAUUGCAGGAGGAGGUCAACAAACAAGCACAAGCACUGAGGAGGAACAUGGAGAACAUUCAACAAGCAGCAGAAGCACCAGACCAGGAUAUGGAGAGCGGUGUUGGUUCCUGGGAUCGAGGACAGUGGGUUUCACAAGAGGGCAUUUUGCCCAACUAUGUGCCAGGAUAUAAGGCACUUGGAGUCUUUGCCACUGAAGGGGAGUGGCUGGCUGAUGAUGGAUACGAAGAAGCAUCUCGCAGCCUAUCGAGAUCAUCCAGAAGGGCAGUGGAAAGAAGCAUGCGCAAAAUGGUGGUGGCAGAAGCAUACUCAAUGCCUAGGGUCACGAAGAUGGCUCAGGAGAUGGGGCAUGAAUCUGCAGGAGCAUACGACAUUAACAACGGUUUUGACUUCACCACCCAAGCAGACCGAAGAUGCUGCUUUGAAGAGCUUGUGCGCAUGGACCCAGACGUCCUUCUGGUGUCACCUCCAUGUGGCCCUUUUUCCAUCAUACAAGAGCUCAACUACUCCAAGAUGGGACAGCGCAGAGCAAUUAUCAUGCUGGCAGAAGGCGUUUCCCACUUGGAGUUCGCCAUGAAGCUCUUCCAAUGGCAGGUGAACCGUGGAAGAUUGGCAAUCUUUGAGCAUCCAGCAACAUCCAAGGGAUGGAAAGAGCCAUGCGUGGAGAAGUCAGCGCAGAUGAGGGGCGUAGAGCGCGUACGCGCCGAUCAAUGCGCCUACGGCUUGAGAGUCAAGAAAGACUUCAACAAAAAGCCUACACACUUUCUGGUGAACGGGAAGGGCCUAGCAAAACACCUGAGCAAGAGAUGCUCAGGACAGCAUGUACAUGAGGCGCUGAUGGGAGGAUUAGCACUCAAAGCACAGCAUUAUCCUAGAGCACUCUGCAAGGCAAUGAUCACAGGAGCUGAGGAGGAUUCAGCGGCAUGGAGACAGGUGUGGGCCACCGAAGGAGAAGCAGAAGAAGAUGUCAUUGAAGGCGGAAUGAACUGCGAAGACAAGAAGCUGGUGCAGAAACUGCACAACAACCUGGGACAUCCAGGAAAGUAUGAAUUCUGCAGGGCCCUGCGGAUGGCAAGAGCAAGACCAGAGGUUGCUCGACCAGGCACCGUUCCCAGAACUUUUGAGGCUGGACACACUGUGGGGGUGGACGUAGUCUUCUUUCCUGCUCUAGAACCACAUCAGAAUGUUCUGGUGCUUAACAUCACCGACUGGGGCACUGGAUAUCAAAGCCUGGAGCCACUGGACAGCAUGUCCUCAGAACAUGUGUGGAUGAAAUUCCACCAAUGCUGGGUACGCAAUUUUGGAAUCCCUCAGCUAGCAGUGAUGGACCAGGGUCGAGAGUUUGUAGGAUCCUUUUCCAAGAAGCUGGCAGAGAGUGGCUGUUUGGUGAAGGUGAUUGGUGCACGCUCACCCUGGCAGCAGGGGAGGACUGAGCGUCAUGGAGGCUUGGCCAAAGAGACGUUGAUGAAGGUGAUGGAGGAGGUUCUUCCAAGCAGCAAGGAUGAAUGGAAGACCUGCGUCUAUGCAGUGGAGGCAGCAAAGAACAGGCUUUACAACCGAAGUGGCUUCAGCCCAGCACAACGUCAGCUGGGGUGCAAUCUCCGACUUCCCGGCAGUCUGGGGUCCGAUGAUCCAUGUGAUCCUCAACUGCUGGUUCAUUCCAGCAGCGAAGAUAUGAGGAGAUCUCUACAGAUCAGACAGUCUGCAAUGGAAGCCUUUUUGAAGCAAACAGCCACAGAAGUUGUUCAGCGAUCAGCUUUAGCAAGGAGAGCUCUGGAAGUGUGCGAGGGAGCAGCAGACAUGCUCAAACAGGAGUUCAUCGAACUCAAAGAACACCUGCGCAGAGGGCGCAGUAAGAGAAGCUUCCAAGACAUAUCAUCCUGGGGAACACCACCCAUGGAGGACGAUCCACCAGCAGUGGAACCACCGCAGCAGCGUCCCAGGAUUGAAGCAGCAGAGCCAGAAGCAGCACCAGCAUCAGCACCCCAAGACAUCGCUGUACCAGAGGACUCAUCCUCUAGCUCCUCAUCAUCCCCAUCGUCCUCCACCAGUGAACCUGAAGGAGAAGGAAGUGAUGGCAUGCCGAUAGGCCCUGUGGAUCCUGAACUGGCACAGGCCAUAAGAUCAGUUCAAGCCAACGAGCAGUUGGACGGCACUCGAAGACCAAAAGAUGGUCAAAGAGGCCUAUAUGAACCCACCAGAAGAGUGUGGGAGGGCAGAAGGGAUGCACGAUGGAUUCCCUAUCGAGGAGGAGUCACAAUUGAGGAAGAAGAAGAAAAAGACACCUUGGUGGCACAUGAUGAUGAAGGGCAAGCAGCCAUGGAGGAGGACGUCUGGAUCUAUGAUGAGGAAAGAAUGAAGGUGAUCAGGCUGCACCAGCACGCCAGAAGGGCCAAGUUUACGCCAAGCCAUAGCAGAGGGUGUCCCAUACCUGUAGGGCUGUUGACGUCACAGCGAAAGACCUACAAAGUGUAUGGAGAUGGAAGCAGGAGGAUGGAGAACUCCGAUUGGAGAGCAGGUCUUGGCAAGAAGGAGGCGGGUGCUCUCAGGUGGUGGACGGGCUACACAGAAUUUAGCCUACGGAAAGUGAUCACAGAAGUAAACCUGAUGGUAAAGAGGGGCUCAGAUGAAGUCCUUGACAAAGACAUUUUGUCAGAGGAGGAAUGGGAGAAGUGGCGAGUUGCCGAUGGGGCUGAGUGGAGCAAGGUGGAGGCUACGGGUGCAGUGCGCACUAUGAGCGUUGAGGAAUCGGAGGAGGUGUCCCGGCAACUUCAUGAAGCGGGACUGCAGCCUCGCAUCCUGCCAUCAAGAAUGGUGCGCAGAUGGAAACCAGCCGACCAGCCCGGCCAACCUCCCAGCAGAAAAUCUCGAUGGUGUGUGAGAGGAGAUCGAGACCCAGACUUGCUAGACUUGACGCGGCAUGCACCAACAGUGACCACCGCAACUCUCUCUAUCGUCCUCCAAAUAGCCGCAUCUUUUGGAUGGAGAACAGCCAUUGGAGAUUUGAAAAACGCCUUCAUGCAAAGUGAUCGUUUGGUCAGGCCAUCAGGCAGGCUGUUCUGUAGACAGCCCAGUGGAGGAUUGCCCGGCUUGCACAGCCAACAACUAAUGGAGAUCUUAGCAGGAGCAUACGGAUUGGGAGAUGCGCCGGCGCAUUGGCGAAAGACACUAAAGAGGGCAAUUUUUGACCCUGGGCUCACUCAAUCAGUCAUGGAUCCCACGGUGUACAAGUGGUUUCACCGUGGGCAGCUUGAAGGAAUUUUGGUGGUGGAAGUUGGAGAGAUUGCGACACCAGAAGAGAGAGAUUUAACAAGAGCAGCAGUAGGCAGUAUAACAUGGGCCGCCAAAGAAGGGCGCCCAGAUGCAGCAGCAAUCGCAAGCCUGGUAGCAUCCAACCUGACUCGACUGUCUGUGCAGGACAUUCGCGACUUGAACAAAGCCAUCGACCUGCUGAAGAGCCGGUCAGAUCUGUGCCUUCAAAUCCAACCCAUCAGGCCCGAGAGGCUGGGCUGCGGAGUCAUCACAGAUGCAAGUUUUGCCAAUGCCAGUCAAGGGAAGUCUCAAGGAGCGUAUGCGGUAGUGGCAUACGAUGUAGAAGUUUUGGAGAAAGGAGAGGGCAGAUACAAGUUGCUUUAUUGGAAAUCAGGAAAGAUUCAAAGAGUCGCAAACUCCACUUUAGCUGCAGAAACUCAAAGCCUGAGCCGAGGUUUGGGAGAGCUGUCAUGGACGGUGACCGUUUUCAAUGAGCUGACGACGCUUGGCUUUGAUCUCAAGCAGUGGGAGAAAUCUCUUCAAGAUCGUCGCCUGAGAGCCUUUGCUAGCGAUACUAGCGAUGAGGAACUAGUCCAAGGGAUAUGCGUAGUAGACGCCAAGUCGCUGUUUGAUCACCUUUCUAAAGAAACUACGGGGAUCACUGCCGAUAAACGCACUGGUUUGGAAGUACAGGUGAUCAGACAAACGCUAGCAGAAAUUGGCACCAGAGUAAAGUGGAUACCAUAUCCUCAGAUGGUAGUGGACUGUCUUAUCAAAAGGCAAAAGGGCGAGAUGAUGCUCGCUGCUUGA